CGGGGGGGCGACCCGACUGAGCAGGCUCCCUGGGCCGGCGAGGAAUGAGCAGCGCCUGUGACAACCGUUACAGCAUCGUGUCCUCGCAGGAAGACGGGCUGAGGCUGGCAACCAUGCCAGGGAUCAAUGGCUACGGCAACGGGAAAAUCCACACCAGGAGGAAGUGCCGCAGCCGCUUUGUGAAGAAGAAUGGCCAGUGCAACGUGCAGUUCGCCAACAUGAGGGACAAGCCGCAGCGGUACAUCGCGGACAUCUUCACCACGUGCGUGGACGUGCGAUGGCGCUACAUGCUGCUCAUCUUCUCCCUGGCCUUCCUCACCUCCUGGCUGACCUUCGGCCUGGCCUUCUGGCUCAUCGCGCUAAUCCACGGGGACCUGGUGAGCCCUGUAGGGGACGAGGGGCCCAUGCCCUGCGUGUCGCAGGUGAACGGAUUUGUCGCCGCCUUCCUGUUUUCCAUCGAGACCCAGACAACCAUUGGGUAUGGGUUCCGCUGCGUGACGGAGGAGUGUCCGCUGGCCAUCUUCCUGGUGGUCUUCCAGUCCAUCGUUGGGUGCAUCAUAGACUCGUUCAUGAUCGGGGCCAUCAUGGCGAAGAUGGCCCGGCCCAAGAAACGGGCCCAGACAUUGCUUUUCAGCCACAAUGCUGUGAUCGCCAUGAGAGACGGAAAACUGUCCCUUAUGUGGAGGGUGGGCAACCUGAGGAAAAGUCACAUCGUGGAAGCACAUGUCAGGGCCCAGUUAAUCAAGCCUCGGAUCACUGAGGAAGGGGAGUACAUUCCCCUUGACCAGAUUGAUAUUGACGUGGGCUUUGAUAAGGGGUACGACCGCAUCUUCCUGGUUUCCCCCAUAACUAUACUGCAUGAGAUUGACGAGGGAAGUCCGCUGUAUGGCAUCAGCAGGCAGGACCUGGAGGCGGCCGACUUUGAGAUUGUGGUCAUCCUUGAGGGCAUGGUGGAAGCCACGGCGAUGACCACCCAAGCCCGCAGCUCGUACCUGGCCAGCGAGAUCCUCUGGGGUCAGCGGUUCGAGCCGGUGCUCUUCGAGGAGAAGGACCAGUACAAAGUCGACUACUCGCAUUUCCACAAAACCUACGAGGUGCCCCUGACCCCCCGGUGCAGUGCCAAGGAUCUGGUGGAGAGCAAGUUCCUCGUCCCCAGCACCAACUCUUUUUGCUACGAGAACGAGUUGGCUUUCAUGAGCCGGGACGAGGACGAUGAGGGAGACGACAUUGACAGCAGGGUGUUGGAUAACCCCAGCCCCAACAGCAGCCGACAUGAAUUUGACCGGUUACAGGCGACUUUGGCUCUGGAUCAAAGGUCUUUCAGAAGGGAAUCCGAGAUAUGACCUGUGACUGUUACAAUAACCCUUUUGUCAAAUUAAGCAAUGGGAUUCUGAUCAUCAUGAGUGCCAUAAAAAAAAGCUAAAAAUUGAUUGUAAUGGUGGAGGGAAUUCUCAAAUAUGAAUUUGAAUGGUAGCUGCAAAGCAACAGAAUGAGUUAGCAAUCGAUGUGAGCAAAGAUAGAAUUAUUAUCGUCAUGCUUUUAGGAGAUUAUGUAACAUUAACAAUUACCUUUCCAAUGGAUUUAGACAUUAAUGUAGGAAGUCAAGUAACUGGUUACAGCAAGAUAUUGGAUGUGAAGCACUUUAGAAUGUGUGGAACCGUGAUCUUAAAGGAGAAUAGAUCUAGAACAAAACCAUGAUGUUUAGAUUUGCAAAUAGGCCUUCCAACUUGUCAGACCAGACUUAAUGUUCCUUAGGGUUUUCUUCACCAUUUGACAUUUUACUGGAAAGGAAGUAUCUUUGUAUCAGCUGGCAGAUGGACAGAGAGCAGGGAUGAAAUUACCAAGCAUCAGUGCACAUCAAGUCAGCCACAGAGAGUGUGUGGCUCAGUGCCGGCCAGCACAAUUACCUGUGCACUUAACCAGUGUGGAGAGCUAGACAUUGUAUGAGGUGAAAAUUACACAAAGCUCCUGGGGUGUACAGGAAAAGGUAUCAUUCGCGCGUGGAUUGUCAUAUCAAUGUCGCUCAAGCAGAGUACAUUUUUGUAAAAUUAAAGAUUUUUAUCUUUAAAUACAAAUUGCUUCUAAGAUAAUAUCACUGUACAGACUUAGCUAGACUGUGUUCUAUUAUAUAUGGCCUAGCUAAGGAGAACGCUGUUCCCGUAUAUUUUAUAGAAACACACUCAUAUUCACAAAUGCACACCUAAUCAUUCAUACAGUGAUACAGUUACAUACAGAUUCACAGAUACACAUUUGUAUACGCAUCUACACAGCCGCAUACACUCAGAUACACACAGAUAAACACACAUACAUACACACAUAUACACUCUUGAACACAUAAUGUGUUCUCAUACCCACUCUCAUGCAUGCACACAUGCAUAAGCACUUAUGCUCAUACACGCACCCACGCACACACACACACACACACACACACACACACACACACACACACACACACACACACACACACACACACACACACACACACACACACACACACAGAUACACAUAGGCACUCGCACUAUAUAGUUGGGAAGAAUGGUGUUAUAUACUAUAACCCUAGCAGGAGUGAGUGCUAUGGUUAAUUACUAUCAGGGAGUAAAUUAAAGGGAAGGAACGUCUGAAGGGAGAGUGUUUCUCCACAAUAAAAGAAAUGGAAGGAAUAAAGCUCCAAGGAUCCAAUCCAAGUCUACAUCAGUGGUAAAUGGGAGCCUUGCUUUGAGAAUCGACCAUAUAGUGUCAUAGCAUUACAUCAAGCCUUCUAGCAGAGUUCCUUGCUAGGAAUUGAACCCAACAACAUCACUCCCGCAAUGUCCUUACCAGAAUUUUGGUUGAUUAUUUUGUUUACAAAAAUUCUAAAUUGUGUGGAGAUCCCUCUACAGUACUUGAGUGUUCCUCUCCACCAGGCAGUUUUGGGGUCAACAACAAUGAUGUGGCCAAUCAGAUACCUCGGGGUAAUGUCAUAAAGUGGCAAGAGGUCCCUAGCUGCAGAAAGGCAUGAGAUCUAAUCUGUAGCCACGGGGGUCUAUCAACCAACACAGUUUUAGGGGCAAAGAAAUGGACUCAUGUGCAAUUGUAUUGAUUUUAUUUUCUUCUCUCAAAACAAGAAUUUCUGGUAUUGAUAGUCCAUCCCCAGUUACUCUUCGGGAGCUGGUUGCAAGCCUUCCUAUGUUGAAGCAACCAGUGGGUAAAGGCACCCACAGUGCCUCCGUCACUGUGGAGAGGCUUCAGAAUGCACAGGCCCUUUUGUAAAGAGCAUCAUCUGAGAAUUCAGGUGGGCGAUGCAUGGAUGAGACACUACUUUAACUUCAAGGUACACUUUCCUGCCUGACUUUCCAACCUCUUUAAGCUUUUGUUGAUUAGUGGCACUCUUUAGCAUUUGCCAUGCCUUCUGGGAAGGCACUGUCUUUGACACCUGUUGUGUGAAAUCCUUGUACCUACUAUAGGGGUGUUAUACCACGGGAACGUUUGUGGUUUGUCUCACACUAGGUAACCAUGGUGACAGCAUCAUCAGCUUCUCUGCUGCAGCCUUGCACUUGUGAGACUGUAUUAAUUGCUUUGACCAUCAAUUAUGCUAGACAACCUUGUUGUUUUGGAUGUAGCCAAUAAGCUUAACCCAGUGUUCCCACUAUUUUCGUUUCUUUCCUCUUUGAUUUUUGCGAUACGUCUCAGCAUAGAAGCUUGUGAUUAAAAAUGGUAUUUCUCUUAAAGGGAUAAGGUGAACUUUGACCUCUGUGGAAGUCUUCCUUUUCACCCAGAUUGUAAAUGUAAAGAAUGACUCUGGGUUCUGUUUUAUUUUAUUGGAUGAUCAAAGAAUUUACUAAAUUAAAAAA